GAAUGAGAGGAAGAAGUUCUCGUCUGGUCUCCGGAAGGGGUAAUGGUGGCAUAACGGACGUAUUUUCUCCAUUUUUGUCCAAUCUGUCUGUCUUUCAGCUCCGCUUUUUCACCUGACUCUGCAGCAUUGGUGUUUUUUGCGAAUGAAAAGCUGCAGCGCUGCUUCGAGCUCUAACUAGCGGCAGCCGCUGGGAGCCGUAGCGGUGCACGGUGUGCCUGUCUGAACACGUCGUGAGUUGUUAGCCCCCCCCACACACACACACAAGCAGACGAUCUCUGGUAUGUUGAUGGCAGCUCAGAAAAGCCUAAAAAUCCAUCAUGGCGGGCCCUGAAGAAAAGUAGCAGAGUAACACAGCAAAGUUUGGUCGCCUCUGAUUUAAGGCUUUUUUGUGAGGGAAGUUAAUGGUCCUUAUGCACCCAAGUGCAGCAGUCUUUCUUCGAGGUUAUUUCCCUUCAGACGAAGAACAGGGGUCCACUAAUAACGAAGCCAUCUUUGCUGAUAACUGAGUUGGGGGGGGGGAAACAGAAGAAGGAAGGGGACCUCUUCGUUCAUCAGAUCCUAAUUAGUUUACUUAAGAGCUUUAUUUAACUCCUGUAAGCUAAACCCCUAAAUGAACAAUGUGUGACAGUACUGAAAAGUUGGGUUUGGAGGACAUAAAGGAGGAACAGUGUACAGAGCCACGCCCAGAACCUCUGUACCUGAUCGUUCCUCCACUGCCACCUUUCCUACUGGCCCCGGGUCAGCUCACCAUGCCCUGGCCAAAAUGGCUUAAAGCUUUUGAACACUACGCACAAGCGUUUGGUGAAAAAGAAAUGGACACCAGUAAGCUGGUGCUCCUACAGAGCUUUCUGGGCCCAGAGGGACAACGCGUUUUCACAACUCUAAUCGGGAGUCACACUACUUAUGAGGCCGCCAUUUCCGAGCUAACAAGUCAUUUUGGCUCUGAUGAUGCCACUCAAGCACACCGCCUUAAGUUCCACCAAAGGGCUCAGAUGCCAGGAGAGACUGUAGAUGAGUUUGUCACGGUGCUGAAAAGUCUGCUGAGACCUUGUCAGUAUGGAAAGAAUAAGAACAACCUUCUGCUUAAACACCUGAUUGAAAAAACAAACAAUCUUCAGCUCAGAGAGACGCUACUGAUGAGGAAGGACCGACUAACCUUAGCUAAGGCCUUGUCUAUUGCUAAAGAGUUUGAAUCUCAUUCAGGUGAAUCUCAGACGUUUGGUUUUCAUGAAGUGAGUGUUGACAUUGGGGAGGAUUUAGAGCUCCCUGUUCAAUAUAAGCGCAGAAGAGGAAGACCUCGGCUCGGGGAGGACAUUUUUAAUCUAAAGGCACCUGUGAUUGAAACUCAACAAAAGCGCAAAAGAGGAAGACCCCGGUGUGGGGAGAAAAAAGUGACACUAGAGACACUUGUGAGCGAGCCCCAGCAAAAGCCCAAAAGAGGAAGACCUCGGAUUGGGGAGAAAAGGGUUAAAUUAGAACCACUUGUGACUGAACUCCAACAAAAGCGAAAAAGAGGAAGACCCCGGCGCGGCGAGGAAAAGAUUACAACAAAACCUCUUGAGACUGAACCCCAAAGCGAACCAGCUGAAAUUGCAAAUCAGAAUGUCCAUAGCAAUGAUAGGAUGGACAAUGGUGACUAUGAAGGUGGAUCUCAGGCCGCAGAGGGUAACACUGAGAAUAAUGAUAAUGGCCCCCCUUUACCUCAAAUGAUACAAGAUGAAAGAAGCAACCAAUCAAGCGACAUCGCCGAAGAAAAUGACGACAGCAGAGACGAAGAUUUUGUACCUUUUUUGAGCAAACGAAAGGGACUUAGCUGUCCCAUGUGUAUCAACAGGUAUUUCAAGAGUGUAGACAAGCUCAACAGACACAUGAGGUCACACACGGGGGAGAAACCAUUCAAGUGUUCGCUCUGCAAUCUCACAUUCAGUCAGUCUUACCACAUGACCCGACACAUGAAGAACCAGCAUGCCGCAGGCCCAUAUGUGUGCCCCACAUGCGGGUUAAGCUUGGAAAGCCUUCCAGAGUUAUUUCAACACAAGAAGACGCACAAAGAGCAAAUCCUGAAUUGUACUGAAUGUCAUGAAGUAUUCUUGAAUAACGAAGAGCUUCGGGGCCACGUCAAGUCACACAAAUGCUCACCUCCUCAACCAGUCACUCAUAGCAAUCAACAAACUCAGGUAGUUGAAGUGAAAACUGAAGCUUUGUCCGAAGGUUCCACGGACGCUUGUGAAGCUACUGACAGUCUUGGGUUGACAGAGAGUGUCGUCUCUGAAGAAACCUCUAAACAAGGUGAAUUAAAGAAAACAAAAGAUAACUCGUGUCCCAUUUGUGUCGGGAGGCGCUUCAAAGGCCCAAACAAACUUGCUCGACACAUGAGGACACACACAAAGGAAAAACCUUUUGGUUGCCCCGUCUGCAGUAAGAAGUUUAGCCAGUCCUAUCACAUGACACGUCAUGUGAGAAUUCAACACGGUCUUGGACAGUACAUCUGCCCUCAGUGCGGUAAGAGCUUCACCACUUGGCUUGAACUAAAAGUACACAAAAGAAGCCACGCUCACAUUGGUCUCACCUGUCUUUCCUGUAACAAGCAGUUUAAAGAUAAGGGUGUGCUGGACAAGCACCUAAAGCUACACAAAGCUGUCGAGCCAGGCCCCCGAAGCCUCACCUGCGGCGACUGCGGCAAAGAGUUUGGCCGCCAGUAUCAUUUAAAGAGACACAUCAUGUCGCACCGCAAAGCCACCAAUUCUGAUCAUUACACGUGCCCUGACUGCAAGAAAAUCUUUUACUUUCCAGAAGAUCUCAACAAACACCUUGAGGACCAUGCAAAGGAAAGCAGCGGGACUUGUCCGAAAUGCAAUGAAAAUUUUGGUAGCGCAGAAGAGCUGGAGACCCACAUGCAGGUUCAUCAGAAGUCUUUUCCCUGCAGCACUUGUGGGAAGAAGUUUAAAGUGGAGUACGCCCUGAAGAAGCAUGAGGAGGGCCACCAACAUGAUCAGUAUUUCUGUUCAUUAUGUCAGAAACACUUUAUGAAACUGUCUCAUUAUAAGAGACACACGCAGGUCCACGACAGGCGAGAAUCCAGAUGUCCACACUGCGACGGCGUGUUUCUGAAGCUCACAGCUUUUAAAUAUCACCUGCGGACUCACACCUUGGAAAGACCCUACCAGUGCACUUGCUGCAUCGAAACCUUUGAGCAGGAGGAGGAGUUGGAGCAGCACUGCCUUAAACAUAGAAAGUUCAAGAGGGAGAGGCCUUAUUCAUGCACGCGUUGCGACCUUGCUUACUCCACCUUGAUAGAGCUGACCGAACACAUGAUAUCUCAUGAGGGAGAACAGCCACAGACCUGUCCCUUCUGCGGGAAAACCUUUCUGAACAAGAACAAGCUGGAGCGACACGUCAGCAUCCACACCGGCGAGAGGCCUCACCUGUGCUCCAUCUGUGGAAACGGUUUCCCCUCCGCGGCCAGCCUUAAGCUGCACGUCUUCAUCCACACAGGGGAGAAACCCUUCAAGUGCCUGCAGUGCAGCAAAAGCUUCAGCUCCUCCAGCGGCCUGCGUCUGCACAGCCGGCAGCACAUGGACGAGCGACCAAGCUACGAGUGUCCCGAGUGCGGCAGGACAUACGGCCGCCUGACGGAGCUGAAGAUGCACCAGCGCUACCACACAGGAGACAAACCGUAUGCGUGCACCUGCUGCAGCAAACGCUUCAUUAGCAAGGACAAGCUCAACGUUCACAUGAGGACACAUACUGGAGAGAGGCCCUUUUCUUGCCCUCAGUGUGGACAAACCUUUACCCAAACUGGGGACAGAAACCGACACAUCAGUAAAUACCACCCAGUGAGCACCUGAUAGAACUGGACAAUGAUCCUUCUAAACAUUCAGCUUUGCAUGCUUGUAGGUAUACAAUUAGAACUAUAGCUAGUUUUACUGUAUCAUAAUAUUUUAGAAAAUGCAAAAAUCUACAUGUACCGCCCGCAUGUCUUCAGUAACCGCAGUAUGUCUGUGCAGCUGAUGUUAAACGCAAUGACUGAUGGAUGUAGGCCCUGAUUCUUGCUUUCCUCUUUUUCUGAAACAAGAAAAUAGUCACAUAAGUUACUAGUUCUGGACUGUUAAACACCACAAAACACUUAAAAGAAAUCAGUAUCAUAUUGGAACAAUGUGUUAUUUUUCAAACAAGAUGCAAAGUUUGUCUAAUGCUUUUAAGUUCUUAUAGAUUACACAUAAAAGUGAUGUCAUGGUGCCUGCAAUGUGAGAGCAUAAAGAAAUUCUUCAUCCUGUAUUCUCAAGACACAUUUUUUACAUUUUUAAAGACAAAGUCCUUUGUUACACGAAACUUCUAAAAAGUUUAAACACCGGUACCCACUUUGAUUUACUCAGAAUUUCAUCAUUAUUGGUUUGUCUUGUAUUUUCUUGGAUGAUGAAUGCUUUUUUAAUAUUUCGGAUUGAGAAUAUUAUUCAUUUGAUUAAUUUUUAAAACAAUCAGCCUUUAGCCAAAUAUUGGCUAGUAAAUUAAAUGGGAAAAAAAAUAAUUACACGAUAACUGUUAAAAGUUUGUAAAGGAUAGGAAGAUCAUUUUAUCUUCAUGCGAAUAGUUUUAUUUAGGCCUAGUGAUGAUACAUACAGAAUUGCAGGGUGAAAGGUGCAAUAGAUAAUAGUGAUUCUAAUGAGAAAAUGUUUACUUUCAGUCAUUAAAGAUCUCUCCUUCGAAGACAUGAAAUUUGACUUGGACUUGUCGCUGAUUUCUAGAGCGGGUCACAAUAAAAAAAAUCUUAUUUUUCAUGCAAAAGCUAUGUAUGUUUAAUAGGUAUGGCUUAUCAUGUGGCAGUUACUUAAACACUACAUUGAUCAAACUGGAAGGAACUGUAACUGGAGCCACUGAGUGGGUGAUCGCUGAAUACAAAUUCAACUCAUAUUUCUUGUUUGUUUUUUUUUUCUGACAUUUGAUGCUAUUGUUGCUUUCCUCAGUAUUUUCAUUUGCUUGUGGGAUUUGUAUGUUUUACUGUUUAACUCGUGCCAUAGAAAUAAAACUGUUAAUUCACCCUACAUGAAU